AUCUGUGAAUGAUCACAGAGGUCACAUGGUACAAGGCUAUUCACAACAGCCUUGUACCAUGUGACAAGCUCUGACCAAUCACAGCUCACACAGUAUUUCUCAUGGCUGCAAGAGACCACCAGGUCAUCAGGCUGGAUCGGGUCAUCAGGCUGGAUCGGGUCAUCAGGCUGGAUCGGGUCAUAAGGCCGGGUAGGAUCAUCAGGCUGGGUAGCGUACACUGGGUCAUCAGGCAUCCGGGCAUCAGGCUGAACAGCGGGCACCGGGGCACCAGGCUGGAUAACAGAAGGCGGGUUCUCAGACUGCAGGCUGACCGGUUU